AUGUACCCGCCCCCCGGCGGCGGCGGCGUACCCCCGCCGGGAGCGCCGAUGCUUCGCCCGUACGCGCCCGCGGGCCCCGGGUUCCCCCCGGGCCCGCCCGGCGCGUUCGCGCCGCCGCCGAUGGCGAUGGGCCCCGGCCCACCGCCUCCGAUGGCGAUGAUGGGCGGAUCCGCCCCCGGGAUGCAUCCUCACCUGAAACCGGCGCCGUACGGCGCGCCGCCGCCGCCGAUCUUCCAACCCGCCGGCCAGGCGCCGCCGUCGAGCGAGAAGCGAACGACCGUGUACGUCGGCAAGAUUCCGGCGGGCGUCGGCGACGAUCUCGUCCGACGACUCCUCGAGGUCUGCGGCGCGAUCAAGUCGUGGAAGCGCGUCAUGGACCCGGAGAGCGGCCAGCCGAAGCGGUUCGGGUUCUGCGAGUUCGAGGACGCGGAGGGCGUCCUCCGCGCGAUGCGCGUCCUCGACGGGUUCCCGGUGAAGAGCGAGGAGCUGCUGCUGAACGUGAACCAGGCGACCAAGGCGCACCUGGAGCCGUACGCCGCGAAGAGAAACGUCGACCCGGAGGUGCUGAGCGAGGGGCUGCCGAAGGAGGGCGGCGGCGGCGGCGGCGCGGAGCUGAAGCGCGCGCCGGGGAGCGGGAGCGUCGACGGGGGCGGGGGCGGGGGCGGAGGAGGAGGAGGAGAGGCGAACGCGACCGCGACCGCGCCGAGCGAGGCGGAUGCGUUUUUGUCGUCUCUCGGCGACGGCGCGGCGGCGGCGCCGCCGCCGCCGCCGCCGCCCGGGUUCGUCCCCGCGAAGGAUCCCGCGUCGAGGCUCCCCCCGUCGGCGACGGGGAAGAUUACCCCCGGCGGCGGGGGGGGGACGAACGACGCGUCCGCGUCCGCGUCCGCGUCGGCCCUCCCCCCGCCGCCUCCAGGGUUCGAGCCGCGCGGCGGCAGCGACGAAGCGACGCGCGCCGCGAGGGACGAAAAGAAACGCAAACGCGAGGAAGACCGCAGGGCGCACGCCCUCCGCGAGAAGGAGCGAUCGGAGCGCGAGGAGCGCGCGCGCGCGGACCGCGCGUACCGCGACCGUCUGCAUCGCUGGGAGCGCGAAGAGACGGAGCGCGAGCGCGCGAGGCGUCGCCGCGCGGAUAAGAAGAGGGACGCGGAGCGCGACCGCGACGCCGCGCUCGAGGCGGAUCUCAGGCCGGAGCCGGAGGAGGUCGAGGCGGAGUGCGCGGUCGCGACCGCGCCGGACGCGCCCCCCGGCGGCGCGCUCGAGCGGCUCCGCGCGAUGGGCCCGCCCGCGUGGAUCCGCGACGAGCGCGCGAGGGAGCGGCGGCGGCGGUACCGGCGGCGGGAGAUGGACGCCGACGCGGAGGACGCGGCGGCGGAGGCGGCGGAGGCGAGGAGGAAGGAAGAGGAGGCAGCCGCGGAGGCGAAGAGGAAGGAGGAGGAGGCGACGGCGAGGGCGGAGGAGGAGAGAGUCACGGCGGAGGAGAGAGCCGCGGCGGCGGCGGCGGCGGCGGCGGCGGCGGCGGCGGCGGCGGCGGCGGCGGCGGCCGCAGAGGAGCAAAAAUUGCUCUUCGCGAAGAAGAGCAAAAAGACGAAGAAACCGCCGCUCGCGGCGGUGAAAUCGUCUCUGUUCGGCGACGACGACGACCGCGACGCCGCGCCCGCGCGCGCGCUCGUGAAGAUCGAAUACACCGCGGAGGAGCUCGCGGCGGCGGCCAAGCCCGCGAGCACGAUGGCGGAGGACGACGAGGACGACCCCGCGGUGGCCGCCGCCAACGCCGCGAAGCGCGUCUCCGCGCUCGCGGCUGCGGCGGCGGCGGCGAAUAAGUCCAAGUCCGCGCCCGCUGCGAAGACGAAGAGCCUGAUCGAGUCCAUACCGACGUCCAAGGCGGACAUAUUCGCGUACGAGAUCGACUGGGCGACGUACGACGCCGCGAAGCUGAGCGACAGCGUGCAGCGGUGGGUGAAUAAAAAAGUCGCCGAGCUCCUCGGGGAGGAGGAGCCGAGCCUCGUCGAGUUCGUCGUCGAGAAAGCGGGGGAGCAUCUCGGCGCGGCCGCGAUGGUGGACGAGCUCGAGCCCGUGUUGGACACGGAGGCGGAGCCGUUCGUGAUCAAGCUGUGGCGGAUGCUCAUCUACGAGACGCUCAAGGCGAAGGAAGGGGGGAAGUGA